CGGCCGCGCCCCCUCCCGGUGGCCGCGGCCCCAACUGGCUGCUUGACUUUGUGGCGCUCGCACUCGCGCGCACAGCUCUCCGGGCCCGCGAGUCCGCCGCCACCGCCGCUGCCGUCCGGUCCCCUGCGAAACGUGGUUGCAUCAUGUCUUCGCCUCCCGAGGGGAAACAAGAGACGAAAGCUGGACACCCGCCCGCUGUGAAAGCUGGCGGAAUGCGAAUUGUGCAGAAACACCCACAUUCUGGAGACACCAGAGAAGAGAGGGACAAGGACGACCAGGAAUGGGAGAGCCCCAGUCCUCCUAAACCCACUGUGUUCAUCUCCGGCGUGAUCGCCCGGGGCGACAAAGACUUCCCCCCAGCGGCUGCCCAGGUGGCUCACCAGAAGCCCCACGCCUCCAUAGACAAGCACGUGUCCCCGAGAACCCAGAACAUCCAGCAGCCCCGCAAGUGACCUGCAGGGAUGCAGCGCCCUCUGCAGCCAUGCCUGGUUUCCCGACAUUUGGUAUUUCCCCGGCAAAGAGAACUGCAUCUUCGAAACGCGGCUCCACUGGGAAAUCUAAGGCAAAGCAAAGCGCCCUUUCUUUGCCUUACAUUUCUAUAUCAAAAACGAGAAACAGACCCAAACCUCAUUUCCAGGGAGUCCUGGUUGCUAUCUGAGGACCACAGUGCCAUUAGCAGAACUUGCCAAGUCCUGAGCAAAAUGAAGUUGUUCAGAGUUUAGCUUCAGUUCUAUUUCAGCAAUUGACUAGAAUUUUUGUGGGUGUUCUCAAAAACAAAAAGAGACAAAUAUGGGAGGAUUGCAUUAGGAUUAAGGGAAAAGCUCAAUUAUUUCAUCAUUUUCAGUAUUAGGACAAUUCAGUCUUAGCAUUAAGAGAGUAUAAGAAAUGCAGGUGUUGAUUAUGGAGGUGGGAUUCAAAAGGCAAAGCUAGGAAAAUUGAAAACAGCAACCCUGAAUACCCCUCCCCGUGUGACAAGGGAUCCCUGUGCAGGGCAGCGCCAGGCAGUCCCAGGAGAACCAAAGAAAAGCUUGAAUCAUUGAAAUGGCCCAUUUAUCCCACAAGUCAUCUGGCUGAAAAAUUGGAAUGGAGGUAGUUUGCCCAAAGGCAGCACUCUUAGGGUGAGGUCUCAGCACAGGUCCCCCACUGCCUCUUCGGCAGAAGAGGCUUCACCAGGGUAACGAGGCAAACCUGUGCUUUUCAGUGUGUGCCUCUAGAGCUGUUUUGAGUUCUGGAAGUGAUUACUGACCAGGUGGGGGAACAGACGCAUAGCUAAUUCUGGAACACUACAGCAAGAGCAUAGAAUGCAUAGAAAGAGAAUUGAAUGCAUAGACAAGCAGACAAAAACCUGCCCUUUGUCUCUAAAGGGAGAAAUAGCAACCGUGCAUUCCAUUUGAGCUAGAAAAACCUGUUUGUCAGUCAGUCCAACUGCCCAGAAUUCCUUUGGCCUGAGUGCAUGUUUGCCUGGACCCACAUUCACCGGGGCACGUCAGAGGGCCCGGCUUUUCUGAAAAGCCAAAGGGCUCCUUUACUCAGAUGUUCAAAUCUUCCAAGCAUAUGCUUCUGGAGAGGGUGUGGCCCAACUGCCCACAGUGGCAUCUGCUGCAAGCCAGCAGCGUGUGGUGAGCAGGUUGCCCACCAGCCUCUCUGAUACCAUUAUCAAAUCCACGGCUGCCAGCUGGUAAAAGCAAUGCAGACCUAAUCAGAUACCCUUCCCCUCCUUGAGAAUGCACUUGGCAUUCUAAAAGCAACGUUUGGUUUCCUACCCCAUUGACUUGCAGAAGCUGGAGUCUAACCUUAAAGGUAUCGAAUCAUCGCGUCUGGUAUUUCUGCAUCUCUGAAAUUCUGGCAUACACUGAGUCUGCUUUGGAAAUUGCAGAUUCAAUGGAUAGCCCUGUGGUGAAGCACACCAAGUAAAGAGCUCUCCCCUCCCCCGCCAGCUCCUAGAGCCGCGUCUCAGAAGGCUGCUGAGAGAAGGCAGCUCUAGGUCUGGCCUAUUAGACCAUUGCACCCUUCACUGCAGAAAUUCAGACGCGUCACUGACACUUCCUGAUUUUGCAGCCAGGGGUGCUGUGCUGUUUCUGGGGUGCGUCCUUCAUGUACUUCAGCUGCCAUGCAUCUGAGGCUCCGGAUCUUUGAAGGCAAAAUGUUUUCCUCAAUGAGUUUAUCAAUUGUUAACUUCAAGCAUCAUACUGAUUAUAAUAAAGCCCCUGCAUUUCUUCUC